UGCCCCCAGUGGACCAAUGGAUCGGAGUGGCACUUGUACAAAUUUUACCUCCAAAAAAUUUGUUUCUGCCAGUCCUGGGAAUCAAAUGCUGCUCCAAGUUGAUUUUUCCCUUAUGCUGCACUUGUGCAGAGAACCAAAAUCAAGAAGAAUGUCUUCAUGAAGACCCUCAGGACAGGAUGUUGAUUGGUUCAUGGUGUAUCAUAGAGUUACAGCUGGCUGUAAAAAAAGGGUACAUUAUAAUGAGAGUGCAUGAGCUACUUCAAUACCCUGGUUCAAAGGUAUAUGAUCCUGAAACCAAAACUGACGGACUUUUUUCUUCGUACGUGAGAGAAAACAUGGCAUUAAAAUACGAAGCAUCAGGUUGGCCAUCACAUGUCUCCACAGACGAAGAAAAGGAUAAGUUCAUCAAAGAAAUAUUUGACAGAUUUUGUCAUAAGAAAAGACAGAGUGGAAAAAAAUCCAGGGAAACGGUUUAUAGCUAAACUUGUUCUCAACUCUUUCUGAAAGUAUAAUCUUCCUAAAGAUAAAAAAAAAAUCCAAAUGAUCUUGACAAUGUACUGACCUUAUUUUAUUUUUCCAGGGGGAAAGAUGGGAGAAAGAACACUCCGUCCUAUGACAGAAUUAGUAUUCGACUAUGGCCAUCUCAUCCAGUUGACGCAAAACAGCGCCAUUGUCAUCAACUCCAUUCUCCCACUGAGCGAGGAAUGUAUUCAAGUGAGGUACACUCCAAAGGAGCAAUUGGAUGAGUGCUUCAAGACGACCUCCUUGAUACAUGCAGCUCAAACAACUGCUCACGGGCGUCUGCUGUUGUACAAAUAUUUAGACAUUGUUGGUGAAAGAGCACUUUACCACGACACUGACUCUGUGUGUUUCCUCUCGGUCCCGGGACAGCCUGAACCAGAGAUCGGCAAAUAUCUGGGUGAUAUGACUGAUCAGUUGGCCGAUGACUUCGGAGAAGGCAGUUACAUAGCGAAAUGGAUUUCAGCAGGUUGUAAAAAUUAUGGGUAUUUGGUCCAUGUCAGCGGCAAUCCUAAUGACACGAAGACAAUUGUAAAAGUGCGCGGAAUCUCUAUUAACACGUCAUGUGACAAUGUUGUCACAUUUGAUAGACUGAAGGAUAUGGUUCUUUCUGAUGGAAAGAAAAUCACCACUGUAAACAUACCUUCCCAGAUCGCACGCAUUCCCGGGUGGAGGACCGUGACGCGCGACACGACGAAAACAUGGCGUGUAUGCUUGAAUAAAAGACGCAGGGUAUCUCAAGGCAGAACAGUACCCUACGGGUACACCGACACACUGUUCGACGACGAGGAUUAUGGUUUACACGAUGUGUUGGAUUCUCUGUGUGAUGAAUAA